CCGUAUGACAUUGGCUUGCUGUAUCCUUUCCAUAGCGCCGGUCACCAAAUUCGCUUUGUCCUGGAAAUAAAUGCAGCUCUGGCCAGACGAUUGUUUUUUAUUAUAUCUUUUGACGCUACGUCGAAUGAUCCAGCAGAUUUGGGAAAUAUCUGGAAGGAUGACAGCAUGACCGGUAUUCUCAAGAGCGCAUAUGGUCCUGUGAAUGGCGUAUCAGCAUAUUGACUUUUUUUAUUUCAAUCGUGAUGUUGUGACACAUCGAGGUAUAGGCUAUGAAUGUUCAACAGGCUCCUGCCAUAUUCAUGCGUUUUAGGGAGACGAUGGGGCAUCGAAAGGAGGAUGUGUCCAAGUGCCCUACAUUUUUUUGUUGCUGAUGGAAUUCGUUUAUUCACUUCAAUUUAUUCAUUCAUAAUCAGAGGGUUGUUCACUUAAAUCCAUGACACCAUCACACUGUGAUCUUUGAUACUUACAUAACUGGACAGCACUUUAAGGGAGUAUUUUUUACAGAAGGUGUGUGACACAGCAUAAGGGAAUUUAAAAUGGCAACUCAAGUAACGGGGAGGAAAAGAGUUCCCAACCGAGAGAAACUAUCGGCGGAGGAUGAUGCUCUCAGUCAAAUAGCCCGAGAGGCAGAGGCCAGACUGGCAGCUAAACGGGCAGCCCGUGCAGAAGCUCGAGAUAUCCGAAUGAAGGAACUGGAGAGGCAACAGAAAGAGAUAUAUCAGGCACAAAAGAAAUACUAUGGGCUGGACAGCAAAUGGGGCCAUAUUGAACAGUGGAUGGAAGACAGUGAGCGGUAUUCUCGCCACACACGGAGACACACCUCGAUAUCAGAUGAUGAAGAACGGAUGUCUGUUGGAAGUCGGGGCAGUUUGAGGGGCAACCACACAGAUCUCUACAGUAGCACCAGCAGUCUGCCAUCUGCCAGACUACAAAAUGGACGGCCCUCUGCACUUUUUAGUGAAAACCCCCGCUCAAGAAGUCACAGGGGCUCACUGAAUGAAGAAAGUUCAGUUUCUGGCUCUAGGCGUUUCAGUGGCUCCAGCACAAGAGUCCCCUCAGACUACAACGGCUUUUUGGGCUCCAGUUCAAGGGCCUCAUCUAGGGCCAGUUCAGCUCGUGCCAGUCCUGUGGUGGAGGAAAGAUCAGACUUCCUAGAAAAGGGCUCCAGGACAGCCUCCACUCUCUCAGCUGCAACUCUUGCAUCCCUUGGUGGAGGCUCAUCAAGAAGAGGGAGUUGUGAUACCUCAAUUUCAGCUGACACUGAGGCCUCCAUACGAGAAAUGAAGGACUCCCUAGCGGAGGUGGAGGAGAAGUACCGUAAAGCCAUGGUGUCCAAUGCUCAGCUGGACAAUGAGAAGACCAACCUCAUAUAUCAAGUGGACACCCUGAGAGAAACGCUGAUGGAGAUGGAGGAGACACUGUGUGAGACACGCAGAGAGUGUGAGGAGAAAACCAGGGCGCAUGAGCGAGAACGUCAUGCUCACAGUGUCCUGAUAGGCCAAUUCGAUGAGGUGAAAGAAACACUCAGGCAGAGUCAAGAGUUGUUGACGAAAGCCCAAGAGUCACAUGGGAAGCAGGAAGAUUACAUUAAAGAGAUCUCUGAGCUGCAAGAAACAUUGGAGUGGAAAGAUAAUAGGAUCCGGGCCUUAGAGAGGCAGAAGGAGUAUUCAGACAUUUUCCAUGAUGAACGAGAAGCUCUCAGGGAUGAGGUUUACCGGCUUAGAGAUGCUCUGAAGAAACAUGGAAUAGUGCUUGGAUGUGAGGUGACAGCCAAUGGGGCGGUUGAUGGGCAUGCUGAUGCAGAACCAACCUCCCGAUUGAUUCAAGACACUCACACACCCAGCAUGAGUGGAGAAAGCAUGUUAGAGAUCAGAUUGAGGAAGCUGGUGGAGGAAAGAGAGAGUUUGCUCGAACAGGUACAGACGUUUAAAGCAAUUGCAGAGCAGAAACAGAAAAAUGGGACAGAAGAGGUGGGAAGCACAGACAAUGAUGAUCUACAGAACGGUCUAGAUCCUCAUAUACUAGAUCUGCAGAGAGAUUCAAAUCGACAGAUUAGUGACCUAAAAUUUAAGCUGGUCAAGUCUGAGCAGGAGGUCACAGCACUUGAGCAAAAUAUUCUUCGUCUAGAGGGCCAGGUGACUCGCUAUAAGACGGCCGCUGAUGCUGCAGAGAAAGUGGAAGAUGAACUUAAAGUAGAGAAACGCAAACUGCAGAGAGAGCUGAGAUCUGCACUAGACCGCGUAGAUGAGCUGGAAGCAACCAACAGCCACCUUACGAAGAGACUAGAGAAGAUGAAAGCCAAUCGGAGUGCCCUGUUGGCUCAGCAGUGAUGCCCACCUGUACCAACUUUGAUAACUGGGCAUGGUUCUUAUCGCCCUUUGGCACCAAUCAUUUGCCAGCUGUAUGAAACUGAAUCAUUUAUGGAAACGAACAGUUUAAUAAAGCUAGACCAGUCAUAUUCAUGCUAAUUCAGGCCUUGUGACAUUCUGAAAUAUGGCUGACAAGCCUAAUGUCAAACUUUAAUUCAAGCAGCUUCCAAUUGGCUGCUUGUAAAAUUCUAAGCAGAUGACAUAUCAUAGAUAUUUAAACUGGGGCUCAUCAAAGGGACCUUUGGAGAAUUUAGGUCCUUCAUGAACUUUUAAAACUUGUUGACUUGACCGGACUGCUUUGUGGACCUCAGACCAAAGCACCCACAAGCAGAGCACGGCUUUGGCAGCAUGUUGCGUUAGUAAAUCAGUGGAGUUGGACUUUGAUUUACCUUAUCGAAUUUUGCACUUUAUUCCAGCAUCAGUGUUCCACUUCUCUGUAUGAUUUGGAAAUGGUUAAAAAUGUAUAUGUGGAUAUCAACAAUCAUUAGAUAAUGCUUGUAUUUGCAGGUUAAUCCCCUGGCAUUGUGUAGGUGAGAUAUACAAUGUAUGCUAUCAGAUGCAGAAAUAGACAUCUGAACAAAAAAUAGUUUUAUUUCUUGUUCGUGUGAGCCGUUUUAAAAACAGACAUGUUCGUGUAUACAUCACUUUGAAAUUAUACAGGCUAACUGUUUCAUGAAAAACUCAUGCUAUAGUUAUUUGUGUGUGUGUGUGUGUGUGUGUGUGUGUUUGUGUACAUAAGAUGUUAUUAAUUUUUGUUCAAAAUGCAAUGGUUUUGUAACAUAUUGAAGAACAUACUUAUACAAUUCAAUAAGAAAGAUCCUCAUAAGCUUUAAAAUAUUUCAAUCGUUUUCCUGUUACUCAAUUGGCUGAAGCUACUUUUUUAUUGUUGAAAAAGUAUUGGUUCUGUUUCACAUCAGAUUUUACAUUUAUUUAAGUAAUGUGGGCCAAAAGAUAAAUGUACAUUUACCACUGACUAAAAAAGACACGGUCUUUUCCUUUCCAUGUAUUAAGCCUGUAGAUAUACUGUAUGUGGUGAUCAGUUUAGCAAAAGCACAGUUUAGCAAAACUCUAUUUCAUGUCAAGUACAGUCUCAGAUCAUGGCUCAUAUAUAUAUAUAUAUAUAUAUAUAUAUAUAUAUAAUGGUCUGAAGGCUAAAUGGACAUUUGACGACACCAGCCUUUAAAGAUAUGAUCCAUAAGUCUGUAAAUAUUUUGUUAACACAACACACAGCUGUUUUUUUGAAAAUGGCUGUUAUAACAAUUUCAAUCAUGGUCUCCCAUUGACAGAGUGUACCACUAAUGCAUUUAAAGUUUAUACAAAUUACGUCUUGGUUUCAGAUGUAACCUCUGUUCCCUGAUGGAGGGAACGAGACGUUGUGUCAAACCGACAGAUGGGGAUUGACUUGAGAAACUAUCAUCUUCUGACUAAUGUUGAAAAGGCCAAUGAAAUAUCGAAUUAAAUUUGCAUGCCGAGAUGUUCAUUGGGUUUUACAGCCUGUAAUUUAUGGUCCCCAAGAAGGGCGGGGACCCAUUCUAGAUCUUCUGUCAUCUUCGGUCUGUCCACUUCUCUAGAGAUUGUGAUCCGGCAUAGUGCCGUGGCAUUUUCCAUAGGAACCCCAUCUGUCGGUUACGGAUGUAAUCUCUGUUCCUUGAUGGAGAGAACAAGCAGUUGUGUCCUUCAUGCCACAACGCGUGCCACCAGCUGCAGCAGUUGAGAGAGGCUCUCAGUGAAUGAAUGCAGAAUGCAUUUUUUUUUAUUUCUUUUUGAUGCAAAUUAAUUCACCAAUUUCAUUGGCCUUUUCAAAACUAGUCAGAAGAUGAUAGGUUCUCAAGUCAAAGCCCAUCAGUCGGUUCGACCCAAAGUCGAGAAUCAGACAGAAAGGGAACCAUAUUUUGUAAAGAAAUGGAGUAUUUUUGCAAUAAUGUUUUUUUCCCUGUGAAACUGACCAUUUCAUUAACACAAGAAGUUCACAUACACCAUUUUUGAAAUCAGCUAUAAUUGUGAUUGUCAUGCUGUUAUAUUUGCUGGGUAAACGGUUUUCUAAUGAGUUGAUAAUUAUAAGUUUUGCUGUUGUGCAACCAUAUGAGACAACGCACCACCUCAUUAACACACAAUUUUACUGAAUACGAACAUGCGAUCUAAAGAACGUAUAAAUUUGGAAUUAACAGACAUUACAGUAAAUUAUGACUUGUUUACAGCUGUUUGGUAUGACAUGGCAUAGCAAGAAAUAAAUUCAUUCAAUAACACUGA